GUGUAUGAAGAAGUGACGGUGUUUGGUUGGUCCUGCCAUACACGUGGGUAUCGUAAGGCUGAAGCUACAACUAGAGAUUGAAAAAAGAACGAUUUUUUGUUAUGACUUUUGGUACAAACAUUAUUGGGGAUGUUUGUGAGUGUGCUGUGAGUUGAUGUUAGUUUCUCGCAUUGCAGAAGGAAAGUUGAGAUUUGACAUGGACAGUGUCAUUCGUGAGGGGGCGUUGCGACUACUGACAAACGAGGGUUCUUCUGACGUCAUCUUGAGCUGUCAAGGACACCGCGUUACGGCCCACAAGGUCAUCCUUUCGAUGGCCAGUCCGAUGUUUAGGGUUCUCCUGAAAGACUCUACAUCUGAACCUACAGUGAUCAUCUUUCCAGACGUAUCCAGUAAUACAAUGUCCUUGAUACUGGAUUAUAUUUACACUGGAAGUGUCUUAGUUUAUUCCAACAGCAUCCAGGAUUUUCUGAGUCUGGCGAAACUACUCAGCAUACAACUGCAUUUCGAUAAAAGUGCUACGGUAUUAGAUAAAAAGGAUAUACGUCAUACGACUAAGAUUGAAGAUGACGUCAAGAAGACAGAAACGAUAGAAAAUGCCGUUUCUUCCACAAGAGACGACACCAUCUACAGCAAAAGCAACCUCAAGAAGCUUCCCAAGCUCGUACCUUUGCGCAGCUUGAGGGGCAGAAAAGAAAGAAGAUGGUGCAGCUACCUGUUGCCUAGCCCUUGGUGUCCCAGAUCCGAAGGAGUGUACGGGGAUCCCAGAAAAGUAGAGGGAGAAGAAAGGCGAGGUCACAUGAGUGCCAAAUCACCGGGAAAUGAUCCGAACAAUAAUAGCCAGUGUCCGGCCACUUAUAUUAGGUCCAAUCACCCAGAUGACUAUUCCUUGGUGAGGGGUUCUGGUUUGGAGCCUUACAAAGUUACAAACUAUCACAAUGUGCCCUCGAACAGGGAUUUAUGUGAAUUCAAAGAUAUUCCUCAACCGUUCAAUGUGGAUAAUCUGAGCAAGUCGUCUGGUGUGUCGCGAUGCAGAGAUCGAAUCGAAGAUCCAUCAGGAUUUCCGGAUCCUUCUGUUUGUACUGAAAAGGAAAUUCCUGCUAGGAGGGAUUUUGAUGAAGAGACUAUUGAAAGAUCGAGGCUGAGUGUCGGUGAAUUGACGGAUCGCUGUUAUGAUAAGGAAGAGGGGGGAGAUGACGUCACCGAGUUGGAUAAGAAGUACGAUAAGCAGAAACCUUUCAGAUGCGAGGAGUGUGGGAAAGGUUUCAGCCAGCUGAGGAAUUAUAAAUAUCACAGGUCCGUUCACGAGGGUACCAAAGAGUUCGCCGCCAAAUGUCCCGAAUGCGGAAAGGUAUUCAACGACAAAGGCUACCUGUCCAGCCACAUGAAGAUCCAUCGAGAUAAGAAAGAGUACGGCUGUCCGCACUGUCCGAAAAGGUUCAACCAAAGAGUGGCAUAUAAUAUGCACCUACGGAUACACACUGGUGUGAAACCGCACGAAUGUUCCACAUGCGGUAAAAGCUUCUCCAGAAAAAUGCUGCUGAAACAACACCAGAGGGUCCACACAGGCGAACGGCCUUAUUCGUGUCCGGAGUGCGGGAAAACGUUCGCAGAUCGGUCGAAUAUGAGUCUACACGCCCGAUUGCAUACUGGCGUAAAGCCCUAUGGCUGCUCACUUUGCCCGAAAACUUUCACCAAAAAGCACCACUUGAAGACUCACAUGAACUUCCACACCGGCCUCAAACCGUACGAGUGCCCAAAGUGCGGCCUGUCCUUCUCACAGAGCAGCAACAUGAGGACGCACCACAAAAAGUGCGCCGGAAAGAGCCUUAACAGAGACGAAAUGGUCGACGGUGGUCGAGGCGACGCGAAUCUGGUAGGUCAGGCGGCCGUUUGAUGGGAACAUUGUUGAUUCUCUCGGAAAUUGAUCUGUUGUAUUGGCCAUUUUCAUUCAGAACACUCUGUCAUGUACAACAAAUUUUACGGGUAUCUAUAUAUAUUAUCGAAUAUAAUAUGAUUAUAUGAAAUCAUUAUUAUAAUGAUCAAAUGAAUGAAUAAAUUGACAGGACCGGAACGAAUUUCAAGGUGAUUAAAUAUAAUCAGAAAAAAGCUUACAUAUACAGUGCGUCCCACUUACCAUGCUCACCAUGGGUAUCUUUUUAACGGUGAGAGAUACGAGGUCGGUUAAAUGACACCAAAUGUGGAGUUUGUCAAGGCCAACUAUAAUGUGAAAAAAUAUUUUGAUAAAAUCUAUUCGUUUUUGUUUUAUACGCAAAAAACAGAUUUCGAUCAUUUUCAUGUCUCCUCCGUAACUUCUUCAUUUAUGAAAAUAUUCUAAUAGGAAUUUCACAUUCCUAUGGCAGUUUUUCGAAGUGAUUUCGAAAAAAAUAUGAAAUUCAUACCAACUCUUCUAGAAUUCGAGAUAUCAGCACCAACUUUAGUUUUUCAAAUGAAGGUCAUAGCUCACGAUGACUUAGUUACAAAUAACUUUUUUUUCUCUUACAGAUGAUAUGUCGCAAUAGUAGUUUUGUGUUGAUAACAACGGAGUUAUCGUCAUUUAUACAAAAACAAAAAAUUAUUUGGAAGCCGCCAUCUUGAAUUUAUAAAUUUUAACAAAAAAAUCAUGAUCUCCGACGUCAAAAACCCCCACUUACCAAUUUUGAAUGGAAUCGGACCAAAUCUUGUCCGCCAUCUUGGAGCAGCCAUUUUUUCAUAAUUUCAGCGAAAAUUCCAUGACUUCGAUUAACUUGAAAUUUGGCAGGUGCUCAUAAUUUCGGUGAUAAUUCAUUAUGGAAUUUUUGUUGGAAUUAAAAAAAAGGGUUGCUUCAAGAUGGCGGACAAGAUUUGGUCCGAUUCCAUUCAAAAUUGGUAAGUGGGGGUUUUCGAGGUCGGAGAUCAUGAUUUUUUUGUUAAAAUUGAUGAAUUCAAGAUGGCGGCUUCCAAAUA